GGCUGCAGCAGUCCUGAAGGUUGAUGGAGGGCCAUGCUAUUCAAACAGCAGGCGUGGCUGAGACAGAAGCUCCUGGUGCUGGGAAGCCUUGCCGUUGGGAGUCUCCUGUAUCUAGUCGCCAGAGUUGGGAGCUUGGAUAGGCUACAACCCAUUUGCCCCAUUGAAGGUCGACUGGGUGGAGCCCGCAGUCAGGCUGAAUUCCCACUCCGCACCCUGCAGUUUAAGCGUGGCCUGCUGCACGAGUUCCGGAAAGGCAAUGCUUCCAAGGAGCAGGUUCGCCUCCAUGACCUGGUCCAGCAGCUCCCCAAGGCCAUUAUCAUUGGGGUGAGGAAAGGCGGCACAAGGGCCCUGCUUGAAAUGCUGAACCUACAUCCGGCAGUAGUCAAAGCCUCUCAAGAAAUCCACUUUUUUGAUAAUGAUGAGAAUUAUGGUAAGGGCAUUGAGUGGUAUAGGAAAAAGAUGCCUUUUUCCUACCCUCAGCAAAUCACAAUUGAAAAGAGCCCAGCAUAUUUUAUCACAGAGGAGGUUCCAGAAAGGAUUUACAAAAUGAACUCAUCCAUCAAGUUGUUGAUCAUUGUCAGGGAGCCAACCACAAGAGCUAUUUCUGAUUAUACUCAGGUGCUAGAGGGGAAGGAGAGGAAGAACAAAACUUACUACAAGUUUGAGAAGCUGGCCAUAGACCCUAAUACAUGCGAAGUGAACACAAAAUACAAAGCAGUAAGAACCAGCAUCUACACCAAACAUCUGGAAAGGUGGUUGAAAUACUUUCCAAUUGAGCAAUUUCAUGUCGUCGAUGGAGAUCGCCUCAUCACGGAACCUCUGCCAGAACUUCAGCUCGUGGAGAAGUUCUUAAAUCUGCCUCCAAGGAUAAGUCAAUACAAUUUAUACUUCAAUGCUACCAGAGGGUUUUACUGCUUGAGGUUUAAUAUUAUCUUUAAUAAGUGCCUGGCGGGCAGCAAGGGGCGCAUUCAUCCAGAGGUGGACCCCUCUGUCAUUACUAAAUUGCGCAAAUUCUUUCAUCCUUUUAAUCAAAAAUUUUACCAGAUCACUGGGAGGACAUUGAACUGGCCCUAAAAUAAUAUGUUAUACAACACUAUGUGUUGUGCCUGGAGACACACAAUGUCUCCUGUAGAUUAAAAUAUGCACUUUUCCUAGGCAGAGCUAUCCAAGUCAUUUUUCCAUGUAUACUUGUACAUACGCAGUGUGUGACCAAAUAUAAGAUCAGUUCUUUUUCUACUGAAAACUUACAAAAAAAAAAAAUUGCUGUCUGCAUAGUCGCAUCUUUUCAGCUAUUUACAAAAAAGAAGAGGUGGUGGUAUUGGGAGAAAGUGACUUCAGCUAUUCUCACAGAGUUAGUCUUCCUUUGAUUCAGAAUUUGUCACCUGCCAUUUUCAUAGAUUUAAGCCAAAAGAUAAAUGUGUGAAAAUGUACCAAUGGCUGCGAAGCUUCAGGAAGUAGAGGAUCCAGUGAUGCAUUUUUUUUUUUCCUAAGGGAAAGCUGGCUCUUUAAUUCAAAUGCUGAAUUGGUGCCAUGAAAACAGAAAAUGCUAUUUUCUUAUUAUUUAAAAGAAUGUCUUAUCUCAUAAAAUUGACACUGUUCCAAAGUUCUUGUAGUGAUUUUGCACUAUUGUUUUCUUGUAUGGACCAUGGUGUCACUUGUAGCAUGUCAAUCACACAUUGGAAAGUCAAGUCCUUUUACUUCCAUGUUGUAUGUCAACAGAGAGAAAUGUCAUGUACAUAAUGUAUAUUGUUGUAAAUACUGGUUUCACACUAAGUAAUUCUAUUUUGUAAACCGAAUAUGGCUAUUUAAUUUAUUGUGAAAAUUAAAUUUAUUGUGGUAUUUAAAAAUGGAAUGGAUUAAAAUUACUCUAUGUGCAAUUUUUUUUUUUUUACUCAUUUUGUUUUACAUGCCCCCUGCUGGCUUCCAAAAUGGAAGCUGUUUACGUGCAUAUGAGAGCACUUGGAAAGAUGUGCUUCCCUGCUGGAUUUCUGUACCCUUGUGAAAAUGUAUUUAUGAAGCGAGGUUGAGUAUAUUAAAAAAGAAAAACCUCAACUAUCUGGAAAUCAAGUAUAAUAGCCACCUCAAAGAACCCUAGUGCUGCUCUGCUACAACUUUGUAACAAUUAAUUUACUUGCAGUUGCUGCUGCUCAGGAAGAGAGACAAGGAAUAUUUUAACAGAAUCAAGGCAUAGAAGAAUCAUCAUUUUAUUUGAACCUCUAAUCAGAGUUAGACCAGUAGAGAAAUUAAAUAAAAUAAGAUUAGAAAACUCUGUACUGAAAGCUGCUGAUGCUUCAAAAAUGAAUACAAGAUCUCAGAAUUCUCCCUGUUAGUUGAAAAUAUAUCAAUUUGCUCUGAAAGGAUUCAGCUGCCUAGUGUUGCCAUUACUAACAUAAACAUAUGGCUCAUAUUUCCAUCCAGAGAAAUUAAUGCUAAAUUGGUGCCUCGCUAACAUCAGAUACACUGUAUUAUACUUAAAUAUAUUCAGUAAAAUGUGGAAAGGGGUAUUAACAACGACAAUAAAAAGAUGGAUUUUUUUUUUCUCACAAUCACAGUUGCUAAUCCAGUGGGAGAUGUUUGAGAGAGUUUUGUUCAACAUCACAGUGACAGUGCCUAGGGAAAUCAGAAAAUUACAAUGGAUUCCCCUUUGAUUGUAAUAAGUGUUGAUUUUCUCCAUGAGUCGUUUAUCCUGUCCAGUGAUUUGACGGUGAACUUUUCUAAAUAAAUAGCCCUUUCCCCUCCGGUGUCGGUAUAUAUUGCUUCUCAAGCCACCACCUUGGUAAUCAUCUCUAUUGUCUGAAUUAGCAGUGAUGCUGUUCUCUCAGCUUGAAACAGGCAUGACACCAACACAUGCGGGCAGGCCAGCUCCU